AUGGGCGAAAAAAGAGUGAAAUCGAAACAGAUCGGAAUCUUCGAGAGAGACGAGAGGAUGUCGUAUCUUCUACCGCACUUGCACUCCGGUUGGGCUGUCGAUCAGGCGAUUCUUGCCGAGGAAGAGCGUCUCGUCGUCAUUCGAUUCGGCCACGACUGGGAUGAGACCUGUAUGCAGAUGGAUGAGGUACUCGCAUCUGUUGCUGAGACGAUAAAGAACUUUGCAGUCAUAUAUCUGGUGGACAUAACUGAGGUCCCAGACUUCAACACCAUGUACGAGCUGUAUGAUCCUUCGACGGUGAUGUUCUUCUUCAGGAACAAACACAUCAUGAUCGAUCUUGGAACUGGUAACAACAACAAGAUCAAUUGGGCUCUCAAGGACAAGCAGGAGUUCAUUGAUAUCAUUGAAACCGUCUACCGAGGUGCAAGGAAAGGUCGUGGGCUUGUGAUUGCUCCCAAAGAUUACUCCACCAAGAGGAAGCCAAUCAUGUCUAGGCAAGUCACAAGGCUUCUCGGAUCUCUGUCAUCGAAAGCUCGCCGUUGCUCAAGCGGCGGCUCCGAGGGUUUUCCGUCAUUCCAGUCUCUCAGUUCGUUGACCCAAUCUCGCUCCUUCGCGUCCGAUCCUCCUCCCCCUGCGGCUGUUUUCGUUGACAAAAACACCCGAGUCAUGUGUCAAGGCAUCACCGGAAAGAACGGCACUUUCCACACCGAACAAGCCAUUGAGUACGGCACGAAAAUGGUGGCAGGAGUGACACCAAAGAAGGGUGGAACAGAACACUUAGGUCUCCCUGUCUUCAACUCUGUUGCUGAGGCGAAGGCUGAGACGAAAGCCAAUGCCUCUGUGAUUUAUGUUCCUGCGCCUUUCGCUGCUGCUGCUGUCAUGGAGGGGAUAGAGGCUGAGUUAGAUCUUAUCGUGUGCAUUACCGAAGGAAUCCCUCAGCAUGACAUGGUACGUGUAAAGCAUGCUCUUAACAGUCAAUCGAAAACUAGGCUGAUUGGGCCAAACUGCCCUGGGAUUAUCAAGCCUGGAGAAUGCAAAAUUGGAAUUAUGCCGGGUUACAUCCACAAGCCUGGGAAGAUUGGGAUUGUCUCGCGAUCUGGUACCUUGACAUAUGAAGCUGUUUUCCAAACAACUGCAGUUGGUCUAGGCCAAUCUACUUGUGUAGGAAUUGGUGGAGAUCCUUUUAACGGGACUAACUUUGUUGACUGCUUGGAGAAGUUCUUUGUUGAUCCUCAAACGGAAGGUAUCGUUCUCAUUGGAGAAAUCGGAGGCACUGCAGAAGAAGAUGCUGCAGCUUUGAUAAAGGAAAGUGGUACUGAUAAGCCUGUUGUUGCUUUUAUUGCUGGACUUACUGCACCACCGGGUCGUCGGAUGGGUCAUGCCGGAGCCAUUGUUUCCGGUGGUAAAGGUACAGCUCAGGACAAAAUUAAGAGUUUAAAUGAUGCCGGAGUGAAGGUUGUUGAAUCUCCGGCUAAGAUCGGAGCGGCGAUGUAUGAGCUCUUUCAAGAAAGAGGUCUUUUGAAGCAGUGAAGUGAAUUUCACUAGCUCACGUUUUUUUUUCCGUCUUGAAAACUUCAAGAAGAAAACAAAAAAAAACCCUAAUUCCUUGCCACUGAUGGCUGCACACUCUUUUGGGGUUAUUUUUAUAAAUCGAGAUUUUCUUUUUUCCAAUUAAAGAUUGAUGAUCAAAAGAUUUGACAAUGAGAAGAGAUUUCCAAUUUUGGUUUACAUGUUCAUCUGAAUAAACCGAAUUUGCUUGGAAGCUCUUCUAACCGAGCAAUCUUAAAUGGGCACGUUUAAAUUUGGUCAUUCUCUAAUGAUAUCUUCCAUUACAAGAAAUAGGAGUUGAGCAAUGUUUCUUCCAAAUAAUUAGAAUUUGAUCGUUUGUACACAGCUGAAAUCAAAUUCCGAGAAAAAACCCUAAUAUAUGAUCAAGAGCGUUUAAGAAAAAACAAAAAAAAGGUACAGUAUGAUCAAGAGCCAACACAACAAUGAUAGUCUUCACUAUAAUCAAUGUAAACAUUGAGAUCCAUCCAAGUACCAAGCAAAUGUAACACUGCGUAGAUCUUCCCGGAGUCUAAAUGUGUUUUGUCAUGAGCUAUGAAUCUAUGUGGUGUCCCAUUCAAUUCAAUUAUACUGUGUCCUGCAACUUUUUUCACUCCUUUCUUCUCCAUUGCUUCUCUCAUAGACCGAGCCGCGCCAAACCGCUUGUUGAUCGCAUACACGUUAGCUAGCCCGACAUAUCGUCCAUCAUUGUGCGGUUGCAACUCUAUAAGCUUCUUUCCAACUGUCUCCGCAAGCUCAAAGUUCCCAUGGUUUAUACACCCGUUAAGCAAAGCACCCAACAUCGAACCCGUCGGUUUUAUCGGCAUGUCGGAUAUAAAACCAAACGCGUCUUUAACAAGACCAGCCCGGGAAAGCACGUCGACCAUACAAGCAUAAUGCUCACUCUUUGGUUCCACACCGCUUUCCUCGAGACUCGCAAACAAAAACCACGCUUCUUUCACUAAUCCGCCAUGGGAACAAGCAGAGAGCAAGCACAAGAACGUAAUCUCAUCAGGGUAAAACUCAGAUUCUCGCAUUUUGUGAAACAACUGGAGCGACUCUCUUAUGAACCCGUGACUCGCAAGCCCUCCAAUCAUAGCGUUCCACAUUAACACAUCCGUUUCCUUAGCCGAUGCUUCAACACAAGCGCACAAGACACUAACCAUCGUGACUUCGUUUGCCUUUGAUGAACCCAUUUGCAUCAUCUGGUCGAAGAUUUCAAGAGCUUCGCUAUAUUCACCGCUCUUUACAUACCCAUCGACCAUAGAGCUCCAAGAGACAACAUCUCUCUCAGUCAUUUCAUCAAACACCUUCCUCGCCGAAACAACAUCCCCGCACUUUGCAUACCCGUCCAAAAUGGAGUUCCAAGUGACCAAGUUCUUAUCGGGCAUUUCAUCGAACAGCUUGCGCGCGGAAGCACUGUCACGGAACGUGCCAUACAUAUGAAUAAGAGAAUUGCAUAUGAACAAAUCCCACUUAAACCCAGUUUUAACGACGCUGGAAUGCAGAGAGCCGCCAAGUUCUCUGUUCAAGAGACGAGAAAUCGAUUUCAAGAGAAACGGAUACGUCAUGUGAUCCGGUGAAAACCCUGUCCUCAGCAUCUGGAGAUACACACGGAUCGUUUUCACGGGGUUUCUACUGUUUGAAAAACCUCGUAUGACAUAGUUCCAGCCGAAUUCCGGAGGACUGGAUAGGUUCGACAAGUAUCUGUAAGCGUAAUCGACGUCGCCUGAGGAAGACAGAGCAGAGAAGGAAAGAGUUCGAGAAGCGAAAGGUUCAUCCUCGGAGAGACCGAGUAUGAUCAGGAGGGCGUGAGUUUUUUUCAGGUCCGGCAUUGAUUUGCAUCGGUGAAGGAGAAUGGAGUUGGCGAAGAGAGACGAUGAUGAUUUCAACAUUCACCGCCUUUACAUUUACA